GUGGAGCCGUACACUUCCGUCGCGCUUUGGGAUCAGAGGCUCGAGGUCAGGCGGAGCUUCUCUGCGGGAGAGCCACCCGCGCCCACCCUUCUGGUCCUCACGGCAGCGUCGCACGAUGUGGAAGCAGCUGGGGCGCCCUUUGCUCGGCCUCCGCGGGACCCUGGCAGGUGAGGCGGCCUGUUUCGGAGGGGCGAGCAGCCGGGGCGGAGCAGCCGGGGAAACGCGCGCGGCUCGCCGGUGCCCUCGCUUCGCCGUCGUCCCCCCCCCAGGCGGCUGGCUGGGCGCGGCGGGAGCAGGAGGCUGGGUCGGGUGGGCUUCGGGCUUGAUCCGGCCCCGCUCUUGGCUGUGCUCUUAGCAGCCUCUCUCGCAGGAGGAGGAGCAAGGAUCACCCCGGAAUUUUCUGCGGUAGGAAGUCGAGGGAGAGGGGCCGCGUUGCUCGUAGUUCCCGCUAUGGGGAUAAUAAAGCGAAGAUCCUGCCUCUGGUGAGCAGAGAUGCAGAAGGCAGAGCUCCUGUAGCAAUCAUGCAAAAGGGGAAACUUCGAGAAGGUGCAGUUUGUGUCACGCAAGACUGCAAACAUACCUGUACCAAAAGAUUCGCUGUUUUACAUGAUCUAAUGACAGAGCGUUUGGGGGCCCCUGUUCUCUGAAUCUGGUCCUCCUCAUCUUGCCACUAGGAGGUCAGCAACGCUGGUGAUGAACACCAGCUUCGAUGGCUUUAGAAGGGGUUUAGAGUGCUAGGGUUAGCCAUAUGUCCUCUCCCUCCCCCCCUCCCCCGACACAUCUUUUCCGUGGGUAUGUAAAAUGAGAGUUCACAGCUAAAAGUAGAAGUCUUGCUCUUCAAAAUAUAACAAUCCUAGUUAGACACGUUCAUAGAGGAUGGAGCUAUCCAUGGCAGCUAGUAAAAAGGACUAUGCACUACUUUUGGAAUUGGAGACACCAUACCUCUGAAUUCUAGUCACAGGGGAAUAACUGCACAAGAUCACUCAACUAGAGGAUACUGAAAUGAGAUAAGCCUUCAGUCAAAUCCAGCAGGACUCUUCUAACGCACCCACCCCUCCUUUGUGUCCAUAGUGUCAUCAUUUCUAAGCUCUAGUAGAAACCCUGAAUGGGUGUGGCAUUCAGUUGAAUGUGGAAAGAGAAGUCAAUUUUUUUGUCUCUGAGCAUUCUUUGGGCUGCUGUUGUUUGUAAUGUGAAAUUGUACCCCUUCCCAUGUAUGGACCAAUUGAUUAAGAAUGUUGAGGUGUGGUGCAUCUUCUCUGAAAUCAAAGGGAAAUUAGCAACCAAAAGGCUAUCAAGUAUAGGAGACCUUUGGCCCUCCUGAUGUUGCUGAACUACAUCUCCCAUCAUCAGUUGCUAGGGCUUUUGGGAGUUGUAGUUCAGCAUCUGGAGGUCCAAAGGUUCUUCACGCCAGAGCUAGAUGGUCCACAGCAUGAUGUCUUUGAAGAAACCAUAACAAAUUAUAACUCAGAUUGCCUCUGCAGCACUUAGAUACCCCCAUUUUUGGCAGCUUCUCUUCAAAGUAUACAUUUUUGUGACGUUAUCAGAUACCAUGAUUUGCUGUGUUAGAGUGGAUGUGUGUUUCUGCUUGACAAUAAAUUUAAGCACUAUGCCUUCUGUUUCUUCUAGAUUCCAGUGGAACCAAAAUUUUGACCGCUGGCUUGAAGCAGUAUAAACUUCCACCAGAUUACAGUGGUAUGUUGAGAAAUAAGGGAGAGUGUUAAUAAAAGUAUGAAAUGGAUGUUUGAUAAUGAGUGCUUUAUGGCAGGAUGAAGUGUGGUAAGCAUAAUUGGUAUUCACUCGGAGAUGUUCUACAUUGGAAGAAUAAAUCAGGAAUUAACGUAGGUGGCGAUGUGGUCUAAACCACAGAGCCUAGGGCUUGCUGAUCAGAAGGUUGGCGGUUCAAAUCCCCGCAACGGGGUAAGCUCCUGUUGUUUUGUUUCAACUCCUGCCCACCUAGCAGUUCGAAAGCACGUCAAAGUGCAAGUAGAUAAAUAGGUACCACUCCAGCGGGGAGCUAAACGGCGUUUCCGUGCGCUGCUCUGGUUCGCCAGAAGCAACUUAGUCAUGCUGGCCACAUGACCCGGAAGCUGUCAGCGGACAAACACCGGCUCCCUCGGCCUAUAGAGCGAGAUGAGUGUGCAACCCCAGAGUACGUUUACCUUUACAUGAAAUAUCAUGGAAUGAAACACUGGGGUAGUAUUGUUCCCAAAAGAAAGAUUCUCUUCUCUAGAGAGCUGUUGCCAGAACAUGUAGCCAUUACACCUGGAGAACUCGCCCAUCUCCUCCCCAAUACAGCAAAGACACUGUGCACAAAGAAGUAGCCUUCCAGGUAUGCAGCCUCAGCUAGCUAGGAAAUGCCAAGCAUUUGAAGAUCCCACUGCUGGCUUUCUUCAUCCAGCAACAACGACCACAUAGGCACUGAAAUGCAGUCUUGAAAUCAUACAGGUUAGCUUGGCUACCUUUGGCAGUACUGUUUGAAGGAGUUGAGAGGGGGUUAAAUCUAGACCCCCACCUUCUGAUUAGGAAGAAGAACAACCUUGAUUGAGGUGGUUGGGGCAUAUAGUGACUGUUGCUUUCUGAUACCAGAACAGAUACUCAUAAAAUGCCCACUUUGUUCUGGUCAACAAGUGCACUUAGUGUACAUUAUUUCCUUAAAUAUAUUAUAUUUUGUACUAGGCAGACAGUGAUCACAUGAAAUAUGUCAAAUAUGCUUCCCUGUGUAGUAAGUGGAAGCAAAAACACUUAGUGCUGGAAUACUGUAGAAUCAAACAUGUGCUGAAGAGCAGGGGACCCAACUCCCCGCGUUGUUGUUGUUAAAAAAGCAAAUAGAGCAGCUAUACUUUUUGCUAAGGUUUGGCUCUUUUAUGCAAUAGCCCUUUCGGCUGCUCACGUCUCUCCCAUUUAACAGAAGGAAUUUACAUUCCAUUUCAAACUGCUGCCUUACUACAGCAAAUAUAGCUUCAAAUUAACUUCAUGAACCAACAUAGUGGUAGUAAAUCUUAAUGCUGCAGUCCUAUACAAGUAGUUCCAUUGGUAUCUGGGAAAUUGGUGCCCAACUGAAGGCCAGUUUAUGUUAGCUUAGCAAAGUGUGGGCACAUACACAGACUCUUGUCUGUAUUAAGGGUACAAGAACGAGGGGAGACCUAAACAGGGAAGCAGUUCUAAAGAGCACCGCUAAGACUCAUUUUUCUCUUCACCAGGACCAUAAGGGCAAGGAGGAAUCUGCUUUUGGUGCAGGAGAGUCCUGGUUUUUAGCAGGUGUUACCAGUAGCUUUUAAAUCCACCACAAUUUUUGGUAUUGCACUAACUUGCUGGUGGCAUCUACUGUCUUCCUCAGAAGGCUCUUUACAAAUAAAGACCCUAUGUAAAAUGAACUUAAAGGACACAGAAAGCUGUAUUUUUUUUUUUUUGAGGUGGGGGAAGGUAUUUGAAAAACACACACACACACAAAUAGUAUCAGCUGGCCUGUUUACUUUAGCUGGGGAAGGCAAAGUGAUAUUUAGAAUCAUAGAAUUGUAGAGUUGGAAGGGACCAUGAGGGUCAUUAAUCCAAAGUCAUCCGAAUAUAGCCUGCUAUCAGCUCAAAUGUUAACUUUGACGUACCAUCUCCUAAAUGUGUGUUAACAUUACUGGCUCUAGUGUUCCUAUAUAGUUUACAAUAGGUAGCUAAUCAGGAAGCACAGCUAUGGAUGAUGAGCUGAGAUUUCUGGACCUGGACAAAACUCUUUGGUAGUCUAGGUGGGAGACUGUUACAAGAAAUACUGAACCCAGUUUUAUUCUUCUAGGUAUCACUAUUCCUGAGAAAAACAGAUUGAAAUUUGUUGAGAGAAUGCCAGCUGUACCAAAGGUCAGGCGAGAGUUCAAGAAUUUACGUGAUAUCCGUGGUCCAUCUAAAGAAGCCACAGAAUUCACAGAAGGACAGUAUGGUAUUCUGGUGAGUGUGAGCAUUAGUAACCUUGAUGUGGCUUCUCAGUUGUAUAGAGAAAGAAUAUGAAGAGAUAAGUCAUGAAGCUUGGAAAAGGGAGAUAUCUGUUACCCUGUGAUUUCAGAAGGAGUUUGUGUGCCUGACAUAUUUUCCUAUUUCUGAAUGGUGAAAAUACUUUUUCCUCCCCUUGCCUGCAGGCUCUUGGUGGUGGCUAUCUCCGCUGGGGUCAUUUUGAAAUGAUGCGUCUGACGAUCAAUCGGCACCUGCAUCCCAAGAAAAUGUUUGCAGUGUGGAGAGUCCGUGCUCCUUACAAGCCCAUCACACGCAAAGGUCUAGGGCAGCGCAUGGGUGGUGGCAAAGGUGCAAUAGACCACUACGUGUCAGCAGUGAAGGCUGGCCGCCUCAUUGUGGAAGUAGGUGGGUUCUGUGAAUUUGGUGAGGUGGAACGCUUCCUAACACAGGUGGCCAAGAAGUUGCCUUUCCCUGCUAUAGCUGUCAGCCGGCAAUCCCUGCAAGAGAUGCGGGACAAGGAAGAGGAGAGGAGGCGUAACAACCAGAAUCCAUGGACAUUUGAACGCAUAAUCACAGCCAACAUGCUAGGGAUAAGGAAAUAUUUGAGUCCCUAUGACUUGAAACUGAAGGGUCGGUAUUGGGGAAAGUUCUUUCUGCCUGACAGAGUAUAAACAGGAAGUCAUGGGACGGGCAGUAUUCUGCUCCGAAGCAUCAAUUCUUCCGCAGACUUUUCCUGUAUUUUUGACUUUUUAUGGAUAAUGUGUUAUGGAUCCUUUCCCACAUGUUCUAUACUUGGAAAUCAAGUAGAUGUGGAGGGUGAUGGAGUGGCUGUAAAUACACAGAGCUUGGUUGAAUAAAUUUGCCAUUUUCUUGUUCAUUUUCAUUACUCCCACACGGAUGCAGGGCCUUUGAGGAGGACUUGUUGGUUUGCAAUGCACAUAGAAUUUGGAAGAGUGAUAAUUGAUAAAAGUAUAUUCAAAGCCAAGUUUAAAAGUUUUAAUGUCUAAAUCCUAUAGUUUGCAACUUCUAACCUUCUGUAGAGCUCAUUUUAAAACCGGAACAUUUCAAAGUGCUUGUGAGAAGAGGCAUACAUAGUCCUGAGGUGGCUUAAUUUUUAUAUACGUUGGUGCUGAAUUCUGGCAUGUUGCCAGUGCAGCUUGAUCAGCUGUGUAGGGUAAUAGCUUGGGCCUGGGCCUAUUCUUGUAAGUCUAAACGGAGUGGUAUUUUAGGGGUCCCAAAAAGAGCUGCUUCUGUACUUUUGAAGUGAACCAGACAAAAGCCCUCAGACUUCUUAGCUGUCAACUCUUGGGAGUCCUUGCAGUAGAUUAGGGUGAGGAGCCCCUCCCCUCCGGAUAUUGUUUGGACACCAACUCCCAUCAGCCCUAGCCAGCAUGGGCAGUGCUCAGGGAUGAUGGGAGUUACAGGCCAGCAGCAUCUGGAGAACCACCCAGUCCCCUUCCCUAUACUAGGAAAAUAGGUUGGUUUUGUAGUUUUAGUUCAUUUAGUCUUUCACACAUAACAGCAGAUCAAACAAAACUCUUUAUUCCAGAGGAUUUCUGAACAUCCACGCCUUUUGAACAGUAAGAGAGUAGCUUUCAUUAAGUCACAGUUAUGGGAAACUGAAUAAGCAUUUUCCCUUCCAAGUCCAAAGCAUCCAGUGGCCCCUCUUGCGCACGGGACUACUAAUUUUUAUAAUUCAAAGGAUGGGUCGUCAGGCAGUUGCAUAUAUCUCCCUUCUUCCUAGUGACUGGUUUAUCAUUUAAAGGGGGGAAAACAACCUGAGGAGUUGCCCCAGCUGGAGAAGGAGCUACACCGUUGGCCAGGAUUAAAGGAAUUAAAAGUGUUCCAGCUACAUGCCCCCUACCAGAGAGGUGACGGAAGGGAGGAAACAACAUAUAGUUGAGUAAAUACAGCUUAAGUUGUUUAAAUAAAUGACAACCUUUCUUCAAGUACGUGAGAAAUUGUGGGAUAGUUCUAUAUACAAGUAUACAUGUUAAUACAACCAGUGUCAAAUCGGACAGAACACAAUGAUUUACAAGGGGUGUGUGGCUCCCCUAGGGGCGUUUGCAGAUUGCGCCUCAAGAAUGCCCAUUCAUACAACAGAAUAAACGGACUGGGACUAGGACCACAAGGAUGGCAGGAGUCUGCGUAAGCAAGAUUAUUCAGCAGGCGAGGAAACAAUCUGGCUCAGUCCAUGCCAUUAUCCAGAUGUUCAGUCACACACCUUUUGAGGCUACUGUAAGAAGUUGUAUCCCUUUCAACAAAGCAGAAGCAGAAGAAAGCAAACAAACAAACAAAAUCACAGGUCUGAAAACCCACAGGCACCUGCUUGCCUACUGUGGAUUGUCAUAAAGGGAGGUAAACCUUUGGAUUUUCUUCCAUAAAUAACAUGAGCCGUUAGGGGUUUUCCCCUAGUGUGUUUUCAAUGGUAUAUAAAUCACCUUGAGAUGCAUGUAAGGAGAUUCAUACAUGAGUAAAAUAACAAAAGUACUUGGUUUCACUGGAGAAAUCUAGGCAGGAGCAGCAAGUAUAAGGGGGAGUAAAGUUCCAAUUAUAGAGCUGGUUAAGUAUCAACAGCAACCAACAAGCUUGGUUGUAGUAGCCAGAAGGCCCCUGUGCUCAAACUGUUCCCCCUCGCUGUCUCACUUGGCUUUAUGCUGGUGUACUAACACUUGGGUCCUGCUCUAGCUCCUCCUGCCCUUUCUUUAAUCUGAAAUCCAGCAAAAGAUUUUGAAGGGUAAAUGGUUGGCUGUGACAUCUCCAUAAAGAGAGGAAGCACUGAAAAUUGUAGGACCAGGGAAGCGUGUGUGGAGUGGGGAAGCCAUCUUGCAAAUCCAUCCUGGAAGAAAGGAAACAGCAAGGAGCUGAGAUGGUUGAAGGUAAAAGGAAACAGAUGACAAGUAGUAUUGUAGCCUAACAACCAGCAAAAAUUAUGAGAUCAUACUACCCUGGAAAUGCACAGGAAGUUAUCGCCCUCCUUUCAUAAGCAGGGUGCUCCUAACGCUCUUGAUUUAGAGCCUUUCAGUACAUAUGCAUUUGUGAAUUCUGAUAUUCUACUCCACUCACCCAGCUGGACUGCACAGACUUAUCUCCAGGUUGAUGGCUCUACCUUUUUUUCCCCCAGCUUUUUUUUCGGAGGGGGUAUACCUAAGGUAUUCUGCACCAUAGCAAUGGGUAGAACUAUAAGGCAGUUUGGGAAAUAAGAGUAGACUGCAGUGUCCAUAAAAAUGAGCAUUACCUUGAUUAAACAAACCUCUGGAUCAAGCUUCUGCAUGCAACUCACCUUAGACAAGUGGUGAGGGACAGGAUAUGGGCGCUCAGGUAAAGAAGCUGCCGACAGUAGAGGCCAGGAUGAUGGCAAGAAUGAUGCAGCAUAUCAUGAUCAUGAUCUUCUUCUGCUCAGCGAGAGGAAACAUGAAUAGCAAUAUACCCAGACAUCUCACUGGUAGGGGGAUGGUAGCAGGAACAAGGGGACAGAGGAGGGGGCUUGUGUUUUGUGGGUAACAAGUGGAGGAUAGAAUUAAGGAAGACGGGAAACUAGGGACAUAAACACACCAGAGUUAAGGAGGGUCUUAUGGACAGGGCUGUUCUUUCACAGAUGCAGAUAGCACUGAGACUUCCGUUAUCUUUUUUUAUAUACCAACCGUAUUUUUACAUAAUAACAGAAGCACUCCAUUCCAUUUUGGGGUCCUGUACAACCCUUAAGUAGUUUAGAUGGAAAGCAUAUGGGUACUGACACUCUUAACGGCAGCCUCCCUCAUCCUUGGGUUCCCAGAUGUCAUUGGACUAUAGCCCCCAUCAUCUCUAGCCAAUAUGGCCAAUUGGUCAGAGAUAAUGGGAGUCAUAGACCAUCUGGGGACCAAGGAUUGAGGAAGGUUGACAGGACAGAAUCAUCUUACCUGAAAGAUUUGGCAUAAUGAUAAUGGGGAGCGGUGGUGGAAUCCAGCCACUUUAUGUUCCAGGUGUAUUUAAGAGGCAAUUCCUCAAUUCUUCUGUGUUAAGAAUAGCAAACCUUCCCCAAGACCCACACUGCAAGGUGUGUUGCUGAAGCAUAUUUGGAUAUGGGCAAAAGCCAUACAAGACCAAGAAAGUACACACUACCCCUCAAAACAAUAAUAAUGGCUUGUAUGGCUAUACCCUGUCCAGAAGUUCAAUACACAAGCACAGAGUUUACAGAUUAUUUGAACAUCAAACUCAUUUAUU